AUGUCUGCAGCCACCAAAGACAUCCUGCGGCAGGUCAAGAAGAUGGUUCCUCCCAUGCUGGAGAAGUUCCACAAAGGACAGUUGGGACGGGUGGCAGUGAUAGGGGGGAGUGAAGAUUAUACUGGUGCUCCUUACUUCUCAGCAAUGGCCUCCGCGAAGCUCGGUGCUGACCUGAGCCAUGUAAUAUGCGAACCCCAAGCAUCCCAAGUAAUAAAAUCCUACUCUCCAAACCUGAUGGUUCACCCUCUGAUGCGGCAAUCUAUGCACGCAAACCCGGAUGAUACGUCUUCGACAGUCGCCAAAGCGGUUAUCGACAUGCUUCCCCGUUUACACGUCCUCGUAAUUGGCCCUGGAUUAGGACGCGAUCCUCUAAUGCAGGAGACUUGCGAAAAGGUGAUCGUUGCCGCGAGGGAACAAAAUGUGCCUUUUGUGCUCGAUGCGGAUGGGUUGAUGAUCGCACAGUCGAAACCGGAAUUGGUGCAUGGAUACAAGGAGUGUAUAUUGACCCCUAAUAUUGUGGAAUUCGGGCGUCUGUGCAAAUCCAAGGGUAUCGACCCGGCAGGGUUAGACAAUGGAAAGGGAGCCGAGACUUUGUCGAAGGCUUUUGGUGGAGUGACCAUCUUACAGAAGGGGGGUAAUGAUUAUAUUAGCAACGGAGUUAAGACUUUUGUUAGUGAUCUUGAGGGUGGGCUGAAGAGAAGUGGUGGGCAGGGUGAUACUUUGACAGGAAGUCUUGCUACAUUUUUAGCCUGGCGGUCGGCCUAUUUAGAAAAGUUGUGGGAUCACGAUGGGUCUCUUGGAUCAGAGGAGUUAUUGGCGUUAGCUGCUUUUGGGGGCAGCUCCAUUACAAGGGAAUGCUCAAGACUAGCAUUUGCAAAGAAGGGAAGGAGUUUGCAAGCCAGUGACUUGACAGAAGAAGUACACAUUGCUUUCCAGAAUCUCUUAGGCGAACCAGAUAGGUCACAGGGGAAUUACUAG